AUGGAACGCCUUCGCCAGCAUUUUCGACGACGUCGAAGUAGUUCUUCUGGCACAACUCCUCUUCAAUCACCCCCCGGUGUCGACCUUCGUCGCAAAGAUUCAGACACUGGUGCGCCCCGUCGGCUGUAUCUGACCUCCGAUACCCUCGAAUUCGACGCCGGCAUCAUAGCCCGACUCCGUGCAGAGGGUUUCGAUGUUGAAUAUUUGCCCUUCCCUGGAAGAUAUCACACAGACCGCGAGCGAGAUCGAAAAGACCUCGAGUAUCUCCUGCAUGAACGGGAGGAUGACCUUGAGCCCGGGGAACGAUAUGCCGUGGUCGCCUACAACAAACCGGCCUCACUACUUCUCGAGUCUCACCAUCAACCAGCAACAUCCACCAACCCCUUCCCCCGACUUUGCGCUCUGGUAGCCUACUACCCCCAUGAUUUUGACAACUGCCUCGACCAUCUCUCCACCAACGCAAACGGCAGUCCCAUUAGCAAAGUCCUUACCGCUCCUACAAAUGCCAACACGACUACCUCUUCCUCCACUGCGCCAACGACCUACCCUCCAUCGGUGACCCUUCUUCCCAUCCAGAUUCAUCUCGCCGGAGACCGCUGCUCAGCUGGCCCUGAGCCCUCCGCACCCACACAUACCCGCAAGCGUCACCGCUGCCACUGCUUCUUCUACCCAGAAUCCAAUGCAGGGUUUGCAGAGCCCUCCUCACCAAACCACGACGGCAUCGCCGCGCGAUUAGCCUGGUCGCGAGCCCUCGAGGCCCUGAAGCGCGGUUUCGGCUGGCCCGGGAACAGCGGGGGAUGGAAGGUCCCGGAUGUAGAGACCGUCUGGGAAGAAUACUGGCGGUGUCUGGCGGCGUCGUCGGAAUCUUGCACCAUGGCCGGUCAGCAACAAGACCCGUCUACUGCGGUGACAGAUGAGCGAGAACAACUGGCGGCCCAAAUUGUCGGGCUGAUGAUAGGGAGCAGUAGUGGAGUGCAGUUGAACGCAUCGGGGCCCAAUGAUGACGACCAUACCUCUCUGGGAACUCCACUGGUGAAUUGUGUGCCGACUAUGAUGGGAGGCACCACCCCCAAAUCCCUUACCCAUUUUUUCAACACCCAAUUCCUGCCGACGGGGCCUCCUGAUCAACGGAUUCGCCUCCUCUCACGCACUACCGGCGCGGAUCGCAUCGUCGAUGAGCUGCACUUUUCAUUCACCCACAGCGAAGAGAUUCCGUGGUUGUUGCCCUCGGUCCCACCGACGGGUCGGCCCGUGCGCAUCGCCCUCGUCAUGACGGCGAGUUUCUGCGCGGGGAAAGUCGCCCGUCUCAAUGUUUAUUGGGAUCAGGCGAGCGUCUUGGUGCAGAUUGGCUUGUUGGAUCCGGCGGUUGUGCCGGCUGGGUUCAGCCCCACGGGGUUGAAUCGCGCAGGGACGAAAGUCGUCGAGCGGCUGCCGGUGGUCGGGGCAGAAGCGGUGGAGAGGAUUACUGUCUGA